UAAGAGAAUGCGGGUUGUUUAGACAAACACCAUUCCUCUGCCACAUAGACCUAAACUGAAAGGAGUGUCAUUGACGAGAAAGAAAGAAAAAAAGUUCAGUAUUUAACACAAACAAGGGUGUGGAACUUUGUAACUGAUAUUGUUACUGACUCGAUCACGGACAAGUUGCAGGAUGUCUCUGGCAGUGUCUCAUGGCGAGGGGGUGACAGUGAUCACCAUCACCUCAAACCUAAAAAGCAAAUGGCCGAUAGUGUGUCAGAUCCUGGGCUCUUUGUGCCAGAGUCCAGUGUGUGCUGUAUCACAGCAUGUGAAAGCGAAGAUGAUGGGCAUCUAUAUGGCACUUGGGAUUAUGCAGAUUAUAGUAGGACUUCUCAAUCUAAUGACAGGGAUUUUAUUUAUGACCUCUGGAAUACACGAUUACAUUAUGGCGUCUAAUGCUCCAUUCUGGCUUUGUGGUGUGUUCCUUGUAGUUGGAGUGGUGUCUAUUGUUGCAGCUUGGUUUCCCAGCUAUUUUCUGCUGCUCGUCACUGUAGUGUUGAACAAAGUCAGCGCUGUGCUGGCUAUGAUAGGCCUUGCACUGUACGCAUGGGACUUAGUGAGCUUUAAGGCUUUUAUGCUCUAUGACGAAAAGAACUAUGACAAGAUGAUCCGUGAAACACUGGAUAUCACUAUGAUGAUCUUUUCAGCUCUUCAACUCUGUGUGACCCUCAGUUUCUCUGUCUUGACUCUGAAAGAAUUGUGUGAAACAAAUUCUGUGGAGGACCCUCAACUUUACAAACCACUCAAAGAAGACGCCACUGUCAGUCAUGUAUGUUAGAUGAACAAUGUAACAAAUUGAAUAUACACUGUUAAUUGAACUAGUUUUGUGAUUAUAGAAGUAAAAAAAAAAAUCUCUCUUGUGAAAUAGCAAAUAUCCUCUAUCUCCAGCUCCACAAUCAUCAUGGUGCAUGUUUAUUUUAGGUCUUGAUUACUUUAUUUUAUUUUUUAUUUUUUUUCCUUUACAGCUGCUUUUUGAAGAUAAUGACUAGAAUUAAAAUUACAUUUUGAUGCAUUUUUAACACGGAGUUUGAGUUCAUUUGAAGUCUUAAAAAGUCUUCAUUUCUCAGAAUUGACCUUCAUCAAAGCUUUUUUAGGGAGUCUUAGCCUUAGAUGCAAUAGAUUGCCUGAAGACUGUAUACAGAGCAUUUACUGCAUAUUGGGCAAAAAGAUAAUAAUAAAUAAAAAAUAUUUAAUCAGA